AUGCAGCAGAACGGACAGCAGGGCCAGGGACAGGCCAUCGGAGUGGCCAACGCGGCAGAACUCGGCGGGCUGGGCCAUGCGAGCUCCCUGACCGCCAUGGAAGGCGUGUCGCUGGGUGGCGUUGAGCCUCGGAACACCCCCGACUUUCAGCGGCGGCGGAGCGUCCCGCACCUGUUUCCAGGCGCGCUCGCCCCACAGGGCGGCGACCGGCGCAUGUCGCUGGUGGACUUCGGCAACCCUAGCAAUGCAGUUCCGGAUUAUCAGCUUGGAAACAUGCCAGGGCUCGGCGGUCUCGAGGGAACUGCUUCACCAUACGCGCAGCAGGGUCUGAUCACGAUGCCUGACCCGCAGGUCUAUGGAACUCUUGCGCCCGAAUCCACGGGAAUCGCCGCCUUCCCGAACCUGGAUAUGGCUUCAAUGUCCGCGAAUACCGGCCAUCCGAAUCUCUACAACUCGCCAGACCUCCGGUCCCAGUAUCCGCCCCCCACCCUGAACCCUGCCGGCCCGGACCUUGUCAUGGACAUGGGCUUGGGCAACGUAGUCAUGAAUGUUCCGAACGACACCCGGAUGGCUGACUUUGGGUUUGGGGGGAGCGGCGACAUGAUGGGAGUCGGCCAUGUUUUCGACGGUCUGCCGGUACCCCAGGAGCCCCCCAACCUGAUCCCGAAUCCAGACUUGAGCCAGUUCCAAACCGACAUGCCGCCUCCCGAACUGCGGGAAACGUCGGUUCCCGCGUCCUUUCACUCUCCCGCAGCAUCGACUACAGGCUCCCAGGCGAUGUCUCAUUCAAGCGGCGGCCGGUCGAGUAUCCCCGCCGGGACGCCGAGCUCGACCGCAGCCACCACGGGCGGGCUCACCGCCCGGCAAGAGUCUCAGAAAGACGUCUACUCCAAGAGCGGCUUCGACAUGCUCCGAGCCCUGUACUACGUCGCAACACGGAAGAACCCCACCGUCGAGAUUGGCGCCGUCGACAUGUCGUGUUCGUUUAUCGUAUGCGACCUGACUCUCAACGACUGUCCCAUCAUCUACGCGUCGGAUAACUUCCAGAAUCUGACGGGUUAUAACCGGCACGAAAUCGUCGGGAAGAACUGCCGCUUCUUGCAGAGUCCGGACGGCGUGGUUGAGGCCGGCUCGAGGCGCGAAUUUGUGGCCAACGACGCCGUGUUCAAGCUGAAGAACGCCCUUGCGGAAGGGAGGGAGAUCCAGCAGAGUUUGAUCAACUACCGCAAAGGUGGCAAGCCGUUUUUGAAUCUGCUAACCCUUAUCCCAAUCCCCUGGGAUAACGACAAGAUGAAGUACUGCAUCGGCUUCCAGAUCGACCUGGUCGAGUGCCCUGACGCCAUCUCCGGGCAGGAAAGCGGGGCUAUGCAGGUCGACUACCGCCACGAUGACAUCGGCCAGUAUUUCUUCUCGCCGCCGAGCUCGACGCAUUGGGAACCAAAAAGCGGGCAAUCCCUGAGUGUCGACGAGGUCUCGACCCUGCUUGAGCAGUUGAACCCAAGAGCGCCCGCUUCGGAGUGGCACAAACAGUCCUGGGACAAGAUGCUGCUGGAAAACGCCGACGACGUCGUCCACGUGCUGUCACUCAAGGGCUUGUUCAUCUAUCUCUCUCCGGCCUGCAAAAAGAUCCUUGAGUACGACACGACCGACCUCGUCGGCGCCUCGCUCGCCUCCGUGUGCCACCCCUCCGACAUCGUGCCCGUGACGCGCGAGCUCAAGGAUGCCCAGCCCGGCGCUACCGUCGACUUCGCCUUCCGCAUCCGCCGCAAGCACUCAGGCUACACCUGGUUCGAGAGCCGGGGCACCCUGUUCAGCGAGCCGGCCAAGGCCCGCAAGUACAUGAUCCUCGUCGGACGCAAGCGCCCCGUCUUCUCGCUCCGCCGCCGCUGCCUGGACGCCUUUGGCGGCGGCGUCGGCGUCGGCGACGGCGAGUUCUGGUCCAAGAUGUCCACCUCCGGCAUGUUCCUGUGCGUCUCGUCCGCCGUGCUGCCGCUGCUGGGCCUGCAGCCCGCCGAUCUGGAGGGCACGAGCAUGCAGGAGCUGCUGCGCAGGGAGUCGCGCGCCGAGUUCGGCCGCACGGUCGAGAAGGCGCGCAAGGGCGCCGUCGUCGGCUUCCGCCACGAACUCACGCACCGCCGGGGCCAGCUGGUGCCGGCGUAUACCGUGUUUUACCCCGGCGAUGCGCCGACGCCGGGCCAGAAGCCGAGUUUCUUGAUCGCGCAGACCAAGGUGGCGAAGGGCGCCGCGAGGGUCAUCGCGGGCGGGAGCAAACUCGCUGGGGGUACUGCUCCAGCCGCUGCCGCUGCUGCUGUGGCGCCGGCGCCGGCGCCGUCGCCGUUUGAGGAUCUGCCGAGUGGUGUGGUGUUGGGACACCAGAAGCAGUUGGUCUCGCCAGCGGUGGCAGCGGCCGGGAGGGAGGAAGAGGACGACGACGACAUCUUUGUCGAGCUGAAGACCACGCGCUGCACGUCGUGGCAGUUUGAGCUGCGCCAGAUGGAGAAGGUCAACCGGCUGCUGGCGGAGGAGGUCACGCAGCUGAUGGCGGGCAAGAAGAAGCGGAAGCGGAGAAGAGGGCCCGGGUUGGCUGGCGGCGGCGGCGGCGGCGGUGCUGGUUCUGGUUCUACUAGUAAUGGCGUCAGUCCGAGUACCCUCCUGCAUGGCUGCGCGAUGUGCCAUACGAAGGACACGCCCGAGUGGAGGAGGGGACCGAGCGGGAACCGGGACCUGUGUAACUCGUGCGGCUUGCGCUUUGCAAAGCAGCAGGCGGGCAAGGUCUCGCCGCGGACCGGCGCGUCCCGCGCCUCCUCGGGCGAUGAUCCUGGCCACCCUUCCCCUUACCACCACCACCCGGCCAGCAGUUUGCGGGCCGGCACCAGCUCGGCCGGCUCCAAUUCGCCCGUGGAAGUGUCGCCGCUGCGGCGCGAGGUCUCGGCGGACGAGCUCAGCGCCGGGUCGGCCGGCGCGGGCACGGGGAGCGUGGAGCGAGCCAGCCUGGGCGAGCUGAGCAGUGCCGGCGGCAGCGUCAGCGGCAGCGCCGGCGGCUUGGAGAUGGGCUCCAUUCCGGAGGAGCAGCCCCCGCGCGCGGGAGGCAUGAGCGAGUGA